AUGGGGGAUGUCAAGGAUUCUGGUCUGUCAGUAGAAGUCGUCGUGGUGGAAGCCAUCAGAGAGCGAAGAAGCUUUUUGAACUUAGUCUUGUAUGCACUCGCCCAACCCCACCUCCCGAUCGUUCCUGAUGGGAUCCAUGGUCCAUCAAUGCUUUCCGCUAUGUCUGGCCUCUCAUGGGUCCUAGCAGCAACUCAAAAUUUGUGCCUUGACCAAAGUCAUGAAGAUGUUUACAAUGGCCGAAGGAGCCACCAAUUCUUGAAAAAUAGAUAUAUUCAAAGUUGCAUUUCGAUCAAGACAGCAGUGAUCAUCGCUGCUGGCGGUUGCCAGGUGUUCGGUGCCGCUGGCCGCAAUGCCGCCCGAUAUGAUGAGAAACAUGAAAAUAUGAAGAAGAAGAAGAACCGCCUACCCCUCCGCAGCAUCCCUAACAAGAGAACAACACCCCAACCACACCACCUCCACAAAACCCCAUCACAUCCUCAAACCCGACACCUCAGCACUUCUCCAAACCGCAAUAACAACACCACCACCCACCCCGAACAAAUCCAAGGCUACCCCGCCGACCCCCUCAACGCACCUCUUACCAAACCCAACUCCCGCCCUCCCGACACCAAAGCACCUCCAAGCUCCCGCUCCCAAACCCUCGCCCGCGCCCGCCUAGUCUUCGGCGACCGCGCCGCCGAAGCCGCCGAAAGAAAACACCAACGUGAAUCCCGCUCGCAACUGAUCUCCGGAAUUCUGGUCCCGCCCAAACCCUCCGAACCAGACAACUGCUGCAUGUCCGGGUGCGUGAAUUGCGUGUGGGAAAGGUUUCGGGAGGAAGUGGAGGAGUAUAGGAUGAGGAUGAGGGAGGCGAAGAGGAGACAGGAAGGGGGGGAGGGGGAGGUGGAGGAAGAUGAAGGGUUGGAAGGGAUACCGAUUGGAAUACGAGAGUUUAUGAAAACGGAGAAGAGGUUAAAGGAGAGGAGAGGAGACAGGACGCUUGGAUUUCUUCUUCUUCUUCUUCUUCUUCUUCUAGGAGAUGACGAGAUUUGCAUACACACUUUACAUUAUCUUUUCUCUUUCCUAGACGUCUCACAGCCUGCCAAGGUCUGCUAA